CACCACGAUAGUUGUCGGAAUGAAAGUGGCUUUCGCAGACAAGCAUUAAUCUUACACAAUCAGUAUCAAUUAUUCAACCUCCUCAAAGUUCACAGUCUCCAGCACUUGCUCUCACUACUAAAGAGUAAAACGUUGUUGCCACAAUGUUACCCCAGCUUAUUUUAGCCGCCAAUAUAAGCUCGGCGCUAGUUUCGACAGCUAUACCAGGCAUAACGAUGGAACAAACAACCACAGCAAGCAUGGCACCGUCGGCCGAACAGAGUCCAACCUCAGAAGCUUGUCCAUCCGGUCAUACGACAGUAUCUACAACUAUGGGGUGCCGCGUCACCUUCAGCUGCAUAGUGCCACCAUAUCCGUGUCCGACAGGGCAAACGUUAACUCGGGUUGUCUUUCCCGAGAAAGUCGCCACUGAUAUUGAUGGAUGCAUAACCAGCGUGCGGAGUACAGGGGAAUGCUACGGAUGUCAGUACUGUGAUGUUGAGUCGACUGCCUCCCCUCCAAGCACGCUAUAGGCAGGGUGGCCGCAUGGGGUGUUCGAAUUUGUAUUUAAAUACCCAGCGCGCAGUGGAAGACUGAUGUUAUAUUGAAUGAAGUGUAAGGCCAAAAGA